AUGCCGCCGAAACUCAUUCUGUCAGUUCUAUUAUUGUGUGCUUUUUCUAAUGAUGUUCAUUCCGCGAGAGUCCUUGGUCUUUUUCCCCACACCGGUAAAAGCCAUCAAAUGGUGUUCGAGCCCCUUCUACGAACCUUAGCAGAACGGGGACACCAAGUAACUACAGUGUCGUUCUUUCCUCUCAAGGAUCCAAUAGAAAACUAUACUGAUAUAAGUCUCGAAGGCAUUUAUGAAAUACGAUUGGAGUCUUUAGAUCUAUCCAUGUUUGAAACAACUUCAGGUAUACUGUCGAAGAUUCCUGUGCUAAAUCGAAUUUCGAGACAGCUGUCCGAAUUUCAGCCUUUAGCAGACGCGGCUGUGAGUAUAUGCGAAGAAUUGAAGACCUUGUCACCUUUGGCUGACGCGUUGAAAAGAGAAUACGACGUAAUUUUAAUGGAAAACUUUAACAGCGAUUGUAUGCUCGGACUACUGCACGUUUACGGAAACACAGCGCCUAAAGUUGCAUUAUCUUCAUGUAAUCUAGUGCCAUGGUCAGCGAACAGAAUAGGAUUGCCCGACAAUCCAGCCUACGUUCCAUUUGUUUCUACCAGCUUCACUACCCGCAUGACUUUCGCCCAACGCUUAGAGAACACGUUCCUAAACAUAUUAUAUAAAGCAUGGUUUUAUUAUAAGGUGCAAGCGAAAGAACGCGCCAUUUUAGAGAAGCACUUUAGAACGAACAUACCAGAUUUACGAAUUUUGGCGAAAAACUAUUCGUUAAUGCUUGUCAAUACUUUUCAUACUUUGAACGGUAUUCGACCAAUGGUGCCAGCCUUGGUAGAAGUCGGCGGCAUGCAUUUGGACCAUUCCCGAAAAGCUUUACCUCACUACAUAGAGCGGUUUCUGAAUGAAUCGGAACACGGUGUUAUUCUGCUGAGCUUCGGGUCCUUGAUCAAGACAGCGACGAUACCGAAGUACAAAGAAGACAUCAUAGUAAACGCACUCUCUAAACUGAAGCAGAGGGUCAUCUGGAAAUAUGAGAACAGCGGAGAAGAGGGCACGCUUACUGGAAAUAUCCUGCGGGUAAAAUGGCUCCCGCAAUAUGAACUCCUGCAACACAAAAAGAUAAUUGCGUUCAUAGCACACGGUGGUCUACUGGGCAUGACGGAGGCGAUAUCAGCGGGCAAGCCCAUGGUGGUCGUACCAUUCUUCGGGGAUCAGCCGGCUAACGGCGCGGCCGCAGCUGCGGCUGGCUUCGCGAAGGUCGUGCCAUAUAUGGAGCUCACUGAAAAGGCCCUGACUGAAGCUCUUGAUUUUGUACUCAGCGCUGAGACUCGAGUGAAGGCACGUCUUGUGUCGAGCAUUUGGCUGGACCGACAAGCUGACCCUCUAGAAACUGCUGUUUACUGGACUGAAAGAGUUAUACGCUGGGGCCACGCCGCUCCUCUUCAUUCGGCUUCAAGAGACAUGCCGUUUUAUCAACUGGCACUACUCGACGUCAUUGCUGCAUUUACAGUCGCCAUUUUGAUUUUGGUGACAUUACUGUGGUUUAUUUUAUCUGCGGUAUACCGUCUAGUAUUCAGUAAAGAGAAUAAAUUAAAAAUGCAUUAG